AUGGGAGGCAAGAUCCUGAUGCUUCACGGCUAUGCUCAAUCUGGUGCCAUUUUCUACGCCAAGACUGGUGGCUUCCGUAAAAACCUAGCUAAGCUUGGCUAUGAGCUGUUUUACCCAUGCGCACCGAACAAGAUAUCAGGUGCAGACAUCAGGGACAUGGAUGAUAUCGCAUCUACUUUUAACACACAGGCCGGAACAGAUGAUAUAUAUGGCUGGUGGCUCAAGGACCCUAAUGAUGAGUACAGGGUCCCUCAGAACACAAAAGACUUCUUACGUGACUACAUUAUUGAGAAUGGACCAUUUGACGGAAUUAUUGGAUUCAGUCAGGGCGCUGGUUAUGCAGGCUACUUAUGCACUGAUGUCCGCGGGCUGUUGAGCUUAUCUGAAGAAGAGCAGCCCAAUUUCAAGUUUUUUGUAAGUUUCAGUGGCUUUCGAAUGGCUCCAAAAUGGUUUCAACAACGCUACGAGGACAGCCCGAUUACCGUUCCUUCCCUACAUGUUUUAGGAGAGUUAGACACUGUAGUUGAAAGUAGUAGAGUAAUGUGGUUGUAUGAUUCUUGCUCAGAGAAAAGCAGAACUCUGUUGAAACAUCCAGGAGGGCACUUCGUUCCCAACGGAAAAGGAUUUGUCACCAACGUUACUAACUGGCUACAAAUGGUGGGCAACAGUGAAGUAACGAAGCAUAAACAAUCGGACUCCAAUGAUAUUUCGAAGGACCCCUCCAAACCUGAUCUUGACGAUGACUUACUGGAUAUGAUAGAUGGCCUUGGUAAAGUUUAG